AGGGCGGAGGGGUGCCGGGUGCGGCUGGUCACCGAGCUGCAGGUGGCCUCGCUCUGGGACGUUCUGCUGACCCGCCAGCUCUUCACGCCCGCCAUGAUCGAGGACAUUCAGCAUGCAGGCUCAGGGUCUCGGAGCGAUCAGGCCAGGCAGCUGGUCAUAGAUCUAGAGACCCGAGGGAGUCAGGCCCUCCCUUUGUUCAUCUCCUGCUUAGAAGACACAGACCAGGAUAAGCUGGCUUCAUUGCUGAGAAUGAGUCGGCAAGCAGAAAAGCAGAAUCCAGAGGCUGUCAGACCCCUGAACCUCAUGCCUGUGGUGCUUAGACCAACGGCCCUCACACCAGAGGAUCUCAGAGAGAAGCACGGUCCAUCAAAGCCAACUCCAGGAAAACUCGCUCCAGUGGUGCUGGGGCCUGAGCAGCUCUGGCCAGACAAGCUCAGGCCAGAGGUUCUCAGACCAGAGGUCUCCAGGCCAGUGGACAAUGGUUCUGGACGAUUCAGUGAUGUCUGUGCUCAGGAGAUUUCCAAGCAAAAUGUUGAUUUGGCGUAUGCCCUGAACGCAGACCCCUGCGGCCACUGCCUCAUCAUCAACAACGUGAACUUCCGCCUCGAGUCGAGGCUCACGGCCCGCACCGGCUCCAAUAUCGACUGCGAAAAGCUGCAUCGGCGCUUCCGCUUGCUGCAUUUCACGGUGGAGGUGAAGUGCGACCUGACGGCCAAGCAAAUGGUCCAGGCUUUGGUGGAGCUGGCGCGGCGCGACCACGGUGCCCUUGACUGCUGCGUGGUGGUCGUCCUCUCUCACGGCUGUCAGGCCAGCCACCGCCAGUUCCCAGGGGCUGUUUAUGGCACGGAUGGAUGUCCUGUGUCCAUCGAGAAAAUUGUGAACAUCUUCAAUGGAGCCGGCUGCCCCAGCUUGGGAGGGAAGCCCAAGCUUUUCUUCAUCCAGGCCUGUGGUGGGGAGCAGAAAGACCAUGGAUUUCAGGUGGCCUCUGCUUCCCCUGAAGACAGGACCCCUGACAGUGACCCCAAGUCCGACGCUGUCCCGUUCCAGGAAGGCCCAGGGCCCUUUGACCAGCCGGACGCCGUGUCUAGUUUGCCCACACCCAGUGACAUCUUUGUGUCCUACUCCACUUUCCCAGGCUUUGUUUCCUGGAGGGAUACCAAGAGCGGCUCCUGGUACGUGGAGACCUUGGACGGUGUUUUUGAGCAGUGGGCUGACUCGGAGGACCUGCAGACCCUCCUGCUCAGGGUCGCUAAUGCUGUUUCGCAGAAAGGGAUUUACAAACAGAUUCCUGGUUGUUUCAAUUUCCUCCGGAAAAAACUUUUUUUUAAAACAUAACGCGAGCCAGGGCCCCUCCGCCUCUCCCCCUGCUUUACCUGAGUUCACCCCAAAACCUUCCUGCUCUGGGCCCAUGGCAGCCGAGGCCUGUCCUGUCCUAGAGCUAUGGCUGUCAUUCUUUAAAGGGGUUGGUGGCCUG